AUGGGAGGCGGAGACGAUGACUCAGGGGAAGCACCCGCACCUGCACCUUCACCUUCACCUGCGACGUUCUUGGAGUCUGAUAUUGCAGUGGGUAUGAACAUGCAGCACGCUGUAUCAUCUUUUAACCUUCGUAACAAGAUCACCAAUUUCAUGCCUCCUUCUUCAUAUUACCACCACAACCAGCUUCACAAUCAUCAAGCUUCGACUGAAAUUGGUGGUGGGCGUAGUCUUCGGGUCAGACAGUGGUGGAGCAACGGAAGUUUCAGGGAAAGUACUUUUCACUGCGACUCAGUGGCAAGAGCUUGA